AUGGCCAUGGCUGAGCGGCCCCGGCCCGGGUGGGCCUCAUAUCACAGCCCCAGCACCAACAACUGCCAGGACCUGGGCAACUCCAUCCUGUUGCUACUGGGCCUCAUCAUCUGCGUUAACAUUGGCAUCAACAUGGUGACACUGCUCUGGCACAGACUCCGUGGCUUCUUACACCAAGUGUUUCGUGUUAUUUGUGAGAAAGAAGCUUCUAAGUUAUGCUCACCUGGGAAGCAGACCCAGCCCCCGAAGCAGAGCACCCCUGCAGUCCGCCUUCGGUGCACCAUGGACCCUGUGAAAAUGACUGUGUCCCCCCCACCCACUCGCCGCCGUCGCCGUCGAGGCUCUUCAGCAUGCCGCGCCCACCGCCCUGUAGCCUGGGCCCCUGACACUGACAGCGAUGACGAGAAGCCCCCACGUCAGCACACAACAAUCUGCUCCCACAACUGGGAUUGCCCCAGGGACUGGGAAGGCUUUCAGUCCACCCAGGGGUUCUGGACUCCCUGGGCCCAGGAUGCUGUGGAGCCACCUACCCAGACCAUCCGCUUCCAGCAAACUGUAGAGGGAAGGCCGCUCAAAAGAGAGAUGCAGUCAGAGCUGGGCCUAGAGGCCUACGUGUACCCUGUGAACCCCCCGCCCCACAGCCCUCAGGCCCUGAGCCACAAGAACAGUGGAGGGGGGCCCCAGGCAGAACAGGAGCAGUGCUCGCCAGCCCAGCCACCCAUCCUGGGCCCGGCCCACGUCCCAGACAUCCCCCGGCGCCACUCCUCAGGGCGCGUAGCCUAUAAUGCCAGAGACGUGAGGCGGCGGCUGCGGGAGCUGACCAGGGAGGUGGAGGCCCUGUCCCACUGUUACCCCCCGGUCUCUGGAUCCAGCACGGCUGAGGGGACGGGAAAGGCCUGGGUAUACCGUUCCCUGACAGAGAGGUGA